AAAUCCAUACAUAAUAUGAAUGUAUUGAAAAGAAAUAUGACUCCAUCAAAUGAAGAUAACAUUGAUAUGACUGCAUCACAGGCAAAAAAAAUAAUGCUGAUCUCGACAACAACAAAUGAUACACUGGAAGGACUAGAAAUUCAAAAACUUAAAAUAGAAAAUAAUAAACUUAAAUCAGAAAAUCAAAAACUUGAAAAUAAGAACCGAUAUAUGGCGCGCGUGCAGACGGCGCAGGGCUGGCUGCAGGGCGAGGAGCUGGAACAGGUCGGUGGCGAAGGCUCCUACUUCAGCUUCAAAGGCGUCCCGUACGCCGCGCCGCCCGUGGGGAAACUUAGGUUCAAGGCCCCACAACCGCCUCUGCCCUGGGACGGAGUCAGGAAAGCGACUGAACACGGCCCCGUGUGUCCACAGAAUGACAUCUUCACCAACACGCUCCUGCCCGGCAGCGAGGACUGUCUCUACCUCAACGUCUACACUAAGAACCUCAAGCCCAAACAACCCUUAGCGGUCAUGGUGUUCAUACACGGAGGUGGAUACAAGAGUGGCUCAGGAAAUGAGGAGCAUUAUGGACCGGAUUUCCUCGUCCAGCAUGAAGUGGUCCUUGUAACCAUCAAUUACAGACUUGAGGCUCUAGGUUUCCUCUGCCUGGAUACUGAAGACGUGCCCGGCAACGCAGGCCUAAAAGACCAAGUAGCAGCUUUGAAGUGGGUGAACCAAAAUAUCGCAAACUUCGGUGGAGAUCCAAACAACGUAACAAUCUUUGGAGAAAGUGCGGGCGGUGCGUCCACAGCUUUGCAUGUUUUGUCACCGAUGUCGAGAGGACUCUUCAAAAGAGCUAUUCCCAUGAGUGGGGUGCCGCUGUGCGACUGGUCCCGCCAUUACGAGCCUCGGCGACGCGCAUUCGUGCUCGGCAAGGACCUCGGCCACCACACUACAGAUGCCAACGACCUAUUAGACUUCCUACAAAGCGUGCCAGUUGAAAAACUCGUUGAUGUGGCUCCAGCUGUCUAUGGCACAGAACUUGUGAUCAACAAUAUCGUCAAGAUGUUUCCAUUCACUCCCGUCGUCGAAAAAGAUUUUGGCAAGGACCACUUCUUAACUGAAGAUCCAGAAAAACUAUUGCAAGAAGGAAAAGUGAAUGAGGUCGAUGUAAUGAUAGGCUACACAAAUGAGGAAUCUCUAGUAGCGAUCGGCCACUUCGAGGCAAUGAUGAAACACUUCGACAAGUACGCCGAAAUGUGGGUUCCAAGGGAGCUGCUGUUAAAAGUGACUCCGGAUAAAAUGCUGCAGAUAUCUGAUAAAAUACGCCAGCACUACAUCGGUGAUGAAAUCCUUGGAUACAACAACAUCAGAGGCUUCCUUUCUUUCGUUACAAACUCUUGUUUCACGUACAACAUUAACAGAUACGCAAGUCAGCUCCCUAAAGUAGGCAAUGCGAAGAGGUAUUUCUACAGAUUCUCCUGUGAGAGUGAGCGCAACAUCUACGGCAACCAAGGCAAGCCGUUCGGGAUCACCGGCGCCGCGCACUUGGACGAUCUGGUGUAUUUGUUCGAUCCCAAACACGCGAAGUUGCCGAUCGACAAAACCGCCAAAAGCUACAAAUUGGUAAACUUUGUCUGCACUCUGUUUACAAAUUUCGCCAAAUAUGGCAACCCUACUCCCACCCCCGUCCAGGGCGUCACCUGGCCGCAGUACGACCGGGGCGCGCGUCUCUACGCCGACAUCGGGGACGCGCUCACAGUCGGCGCCCGCCUCGAUGCAGACGUGCUGGAGUUCUGGCAGGCCAUCUAUGAUGAUGUUAAUAAAUAGGCUGGCUUGAAGACUGUGUA